UUCUCGAAAACUGUCACCAAUGCACACAGAAUAACUCUGCAGCACAGCACGCCCUUCUGUUUCCCAUCAUAUUUUUUGAGCCUCCCAAUUUCUCUCUCUAAAACCCAUUCUCUCUCUAAAAACUCAAGAACCAAGCAGCCAUGGAGAAUCCCACUGCUGCAAAGGAGAAGCUGGUGGUGGAGGUGAUAGCAGCACACAACUUAAUGCCAAAGGACGGUGAAGGGUCCUCGUCACCUUUUGUAGAAGUUGAGUUUGAGAACCAGAAGCUGAGAACUCAGGUGAAGUAUAAAGAUUUGAACCCGGUUUGGAAUGAGAAGCUUGUGUUCAGUGUUAAGGAUGUGGCUGAUCUUCCUUACAGAAGCAUUGAUGUGAAUGUGUUUAAUGAGAAGAGGUCUGCUACGAGUAAGAAUUUCUUGGGGAAGGUGAGGGUUUCUGGCUCUUGUAUUGCUAAAGAAGGUGAGGAAAUGGCUCAGUUGCAUAGCUUGGAUAAGAGGAGUUUGUUUUCUCAUAUUAGAGGUGAGAUAAGUUUUAAGGUUUAUGUUAGUUGUAGAGAGGAUGUUAAGGAAAAUGUUGGUGGUGGUGUUGGUUCUGGUUCUGGGUCUAAGAAAAACAAGAAAAUGCAGCAGCAGCAGCAGCAGCAGAUUCAAGCUGUAGUGCAGCAGCAGUUGAUUCAAGAAAACAAGAAGCAAAUACAGCAAAACCAAGGGCAAAACCAUGCAAAGCUGCCACCUUUGGAGCCAAAUCAAGGUGAGAUGAUUAAACCUAUUGUUAUUACUACUGGUCCUGGUCCUGUUGUUUAUGGUUCUGCCGGAGGCGGUGGCGGAGGUGGUGGUACUGAGUUCUCUCUGAAAGAAACCAGCCCACACCUUGGUGGUGGUCAUUUGAAUAAAGAUAAGACUAGUGCAACUUAUGAUCUUGUUGAGCAAAUGCAGUAUCUUUAUGUUAGAGUUGUGAAAGCUAGAGAGAUAAUGUUGUUUGGUGGUGGUGAGAUUGUUGUUGAGGUGAAGUUAGGGAACUAUAGAGGGAUUACUAAGAGAGUUGGCUCGAGUAAUAUAGAGUGGGACCAAGUUUUUGCAUUCUCUAAAGAUUGCAUACAGUCAUCAAUGGUGGAGAUUUUUGUUAAGGAGGGUAAUAAAGAUGAUUACUUGGGGCGUGUUUGGUUUGAUUUGAAUGAGGUUCCGAAAAGAGUGCCGCCUGAUAGUCAGUUAGCUCCUCAAUGGUAUAGGAUGGAGGAUAAGAAAGGGGAUAAAUCUAAAGGUGGUGAAGUUAUGGUUUCUAUAUGGUUUGGGACUCAAGCUGAUGAAGCUUUUGGUGAGGCUUGGCAUUCUAAGGCUGCAAAUGUUCAUUUUGAUGGACUUUGCUCUAUCAAAUCCAAGGUUUAUUUGUCUCCUAAACUUUGGUACUUGAGGGUGUCUGUUAUUGAGGCUCAAGAUAUUGUUCCGGGUGAUAAAGGGUCUGCGAUGAUGAGGUUUCCGGAGCUGUAUGUCAAAGUUCUGGUGGGGAACCAGGUUUUGAGGACGAAAAUAGCAGGGCCUAACCCUAACCGGAGCAUGUCGAGUCCUUAUUGGAACGAAGAUUUAGUGUUUGUUGUUGCUGAGCCGUUUGAGGAUUACUUGGCAGUUUCUGUGGAGGAUCGGGUUGGACCUGGCAGAGAAGAGGCUGUUGGCAGGUUUCUGCUUCCAAUGACUGCCAUUGAGAGGCGUUAUGACGAUAAACAAGUGGUUUCGAGGUGGUUCAAUCUUGAUAGUCAUUUUGGUAGUGCAGUUGAGUCGAAAAUCAUGACGAGAUUUGGGUCUAGGAUUCACCUUAGGAUGUCUCUGGAUGGGGGCUAUCAUGUGCUUGAUGAGGCCACAAUGUAUAGCAGUGAUGUUCGACCGACUGCUAAACAGUUAUGGAAGCCUCACAUUGGUGUGCUUGAGAUGGGAAUUUUGGGUGCAUCAGGACUUAUGCCAACCAAACUCAAGGAAGGGAAAAGAGAAACAGCAGACGCUUAUUGCGUCGCGAAGUACGGUCAGAAAUGGGUGAGAACAAGAACAGUUGUAGACAGUUUAUCACCAAAAUGGAAUGAGCAAUACACUUGGGAAGUGUUUGAUCCUUGCACAGUUAUCACAAUUGGGGUGUUUGAUAAUUGCCAUGUCGAUAAGAAUGCCAUCAACAACGUUGGCGCUGCUCGUGAUUCUCGUAUCGGAAAAGUUAGAAUUCGACUUUCAACUCUCGAAACUGACAGGGUCUACACUCACUCCUAUCCUCUCCUUAUGUUACAUCCUACUGGAGUGAAGAAGAUGGGUGAGCUUCAUUUAGCAGUAAGGUUUUCUUGUGCAAAUAUGGCUAACAUGUUUCAUAUGUACACACUGCCGCUGCUACCAAAGAUGCACUAUAUACAGCCCUUGAGUGUGAAUCAAUUGGAGAUCUUGAGAUAUCAGGCUAUGAAUGUGGUUGCAUCACGGCUCAGCCGAACAGAGCCGCCGCUCGGGCGAGAAGUGGUGGAGUACAUGCUUGAUCAUGACUCUCAUAUGUGGAGCAUGAGAAGAAGCAAGGCUAACUUUGCUAGACUAAUAAAUAUCCUCUCCGGCAUUGUAGCCAUCGGCAGGUGGCUCGAGUCGAUGCGAAACUGGCAGAGACCGGUUUUCUCCACCUUGUUCCUCUUAGCUUUCCUAUUGCUGGUUGCAAUGCCAGAGCUCAUUAUCCCUGCUGUGUUGCUUCACAUGGCGAUCAUCGGGCUCUGGCGGUACCGAUCGCGACCGCGUCACCCGCCCCACAUGGAUACAAGGCUGUCUCAUGCUGAGAGUGUGUAUCCUGAUGAGCUAGAUGAAGAAUUUGAUUCGUUCCCGACGAGUCGAAGCGCGGAGGUAAUAAGAAUGAGGUACGAUAGGCUAAGAAGCGUGGCGGGGAGGAUUCAGACAGUGGUAGGUGACAUGGCAACACAAGGAGAAAGGUUACAAGCAUUGCUGAGCUGGAGAGAUCCAAGAGCAACAUUCUUGUUUGUGAUGAUGUGUUUGUUUGCUGCUGUUGGGUUCUAUGCAGUGCCUAUAAGGGUGGUUGUGAUUUUGUGGGGGAUGUAUAUGCUGAGGCCACCGAGGUUCAGGAACAAAUUGCCUUGCAGGGCUUUGAAUUUCUUCCGAAGGUUGCCUGCCAAGGCUGAUAGUUUGCUGUAAUUGUGACUGAGUUUUGCAGUGCUUGGCUUUUGUUGUGUAGGAAAAUUAGCAUUAUGAAGAUGUCUUGUGAUGUUAGGUGUCUAAUUAGGAGUAUUUUGUUAGCUUGUUCAAAGGAGGAAAUUUAUGUGUAACCUUUUAUGUUAUGUUAAGCUAAUCCUUUAUGUU